AUGGAGAACCAGAGGAAUAACUCUUUCCUGGGAUGGCGGUCCCUGUUGCUUUUGCUGUUGGUUCUGUCGUUCCCUCAGGCCUCUACUCAGGACUUAGGAGUCACUGAAUACGAGUAUCCCAGCUAUGAGACACUAUUCUUCAGCUAUGAGGGGGUUGCUCUCCGCGCUGUGGAAGACUUCAAUCAGCAGUCGUCAGAAUCCAAUUACUUCCGCCUCUUGGAACUGAACCAGGCGCCCAAUGGAGAUGAGGACCCCAGCAGUCCGCAGCCCAUCAGCUUCCUAAUCAAGGAGACGGUGUGUUCCAAGACAGAGCAACAGCCACUGCAGCAGUGCGACUUCAAAGAGAAGGGGUCGGUGAGACAGUGUGUGGGAACAGUCACCCUGGACUCAGUCAGGGGCUCCUUCGACAUCAACUGUGACAAGAUGCAGGGAGUCCGCCUGUUUGAACGGCUAAAAAAUCUCAUCAGGAGAGGUGGACAGAAGAUCCGUGGAAUUGGUAGAAGAAUCAAGGAUUUUUUUCGGAAUCUUUAGCCCAGAAUGGAGUCAGAGGGAGGAGAACCCUAGGCUUUGCUCAAGCUUUUGGAGUCUGAAAAAUAAAUUCUU